AUGCUUAAGGGCAACAGGAUUGAGCCUGGGAGCCAGAGAAGAGUGAAAAGGCAUUAUCCAUGGAUCCUAUGUGGCUGCAACCGACAAUGCUAUAUCACCUUGAUUACUGGUUGCUACACCUGCGAGUGGCAGGUCAAGCAGGAGAAAAAGUCUUUACCUGGACCCUGCUGCUGCUCUUGGAGAGAGAAGUUAUUUUACCCAUUUCUGAUUACUUCAUUUUUGCUGUCUUUGAUUUUGCUGUUUGUGUGGAUAGAAACUUCAAAUGAAUACUUUGGCUUUGACUGGGUCAUUUUUCUAGGUACAGGAUACUGGUUCUUUUGGUCCAUUGUUUUGCUGAGUUUAUUUGGGAUCCUGGCUGCCUACUGUACAUUGCUGGUGGUACUUGCAUUUUUGUUGGUUUGGGAAGGGUAUGAACCAAACCUGCACUGGUUUCAUAAGGUCCUGGUUCUGCUAGUGAUUGUGACAGUCUCAUUUUUUUUGUGGAUAUUAUUCACAUACUGGAGGGACAGGUGGCUGACUACUGGGCUGUCACUGCAGAUCUUUGCUCCCUAUGUGCACCUGAGUGGCAUAAGUAUGAUGGUUAUCCUUUCCUGGCCUGUGGGCUUCUACUUAAUCCAUUUGGAAGAAGAAGCUAGAAUCAGAAGAUACAAGAUGGCAAAUUAUGACAGAGAAAAAACCAAGAGAUGUAAUAUACUCACAAAGUUGAGAGCUCUACAGGUGGUUAUUGGAUUGCCUUUUUUCCUUAUCCUUUUAUGUCUCUAUGUUAUUCCAUUGGGGAUUCAUUCUCCCUGCAUUCAGGAGGAGGGUAAAUUAGGACCCAAGCCAGACUUCAUUGGACAUAGAGGUGCACCCAUGUUGGGGCCUGAGAAUACCAUGAUGUCCUUUGAGAAAGCUGUUGAACAAGGGGCCUGGGGGCUGGAGAGUGAUGUACAAUUAAGUUUAGAUCAUGUACCUUUUCUUAUGCAUGACUAUGACCUGAGAAGAACAACCAAUAUUAAGGAGGUCAUGCCAAAUGCCUCCUUAACACAUCCUAGCUUCUUCCAGUGGCGUUUCCUGUCGACUCUGAAUGCAGGCAAAUGGUUUGUACAGUCACCGUUGAAACCAUUUUACAGAAUGAAAGCCCUAUCAAAGGCUGAUCGUGAAAGAGCAGAAAAUCAGACGAUUCCAAAACUAAUCGAUUUAUUGGAACUUGCACAGAAGGAAAAAAAAUUUGUGAUGUUUGAUCUUAAUGCCCCUCCACGAAAACAUCCUCUCAGAGGCACAUAUAUUCGCCAUGUAGUACGCUUAAUCCUUGACUCUAAAAUUGAGCAACAUCUGAUUUUUUGGUUGCCAGCUUUCGACAGGGAAUAUGUCAAACAAGCAGCUCCUGGUUUUCAGCAAGUGGGCAGGUUAUAUUCCAUUGAACGUCUUACAAAAGAAAAUAUCAGUAGAAUAAAUGUUGACUACAAGAGGUUGUUCUACAGUGGGUUGAGAGAUUAUAAAGCAGCUAACAUCAAAAUCAACUUGUACCUUGUUAAUGAACCUUGGCUCUACUCACUGGCCUGGUGCUCCAAGAUUCACUCAGUGACCACAGACAACAUUCACAUCCUGAGUCAGCUAGAUCAGCCUUACUUCCUCAUGGUUGCUGGGUGUACUAGUAAAUGGUGCCACUCUCAUUUUCACACCUUGAUGAUUCCUGGAUUCUUGAAUCUUGGCUAUCCAAGAAAUAGCACCAUAUAUCAGAUCCUGAUUUGGAGCAUAUAUGGCCUUGUGGAGAACCUUGACCCUGCCCUGCCAGGUAUUGCCACCUAG